CAAGAGUUACGAACUUGUCAGGUGAGAUCAGAGACAAAAAGAUACGACACCUUGAGGGUAACUUGACACGAGAAAAACCUAUGAAAUGAAGCUACACAAUAGGUGUCUGCCGCGAAACCUUUCAAAUGUCUCAAUAGGUUAAAAGCUUUUGAAUAUCGUUGUAAUUUCUCAAAGAGGAUUUUUACCGAUAAAGCUUUUGGCUCAGACGAGACCAAUAUUACCUUCCUCGUCAAAUAGACCACCCCGGGCACAGUUUGUGAAAGAUUUAUUCACGUCAGGAUAAAAAAAUCGGAACAUGUUUUUUAACCCUAACUUUCAGCUUCAAAGGAACCCCCGUUGAAAAAAAAAAUUUGAAAAGGUGUUUAGUUUGAACACAAAAGAUGCAACGGCCGACGAAUCUAACUCCAGACGAUAGUUCCCAGACCGAGGUGAAUCAUGGAUCUGGUCAAGGAGAGGCCGCCGGCCAACAAAUCCCCAGGGUGGUCAUUGAAUCCACAGGACAGACGCGAUUUGCGAGCUCCGUGCUUAGGGUUUUAUCAAUGCAACGUUUCUACAAGAAAACUGGCAGAAGAUCACGUGAUUCUUGGCUCGAGCGCUACACCGGCACAUAUCAAGAAGACAGGGACUGGCGCCGACCACUCAUGCGCAGAUCAGCCUCAAAUUCACCCCAAGUUCAGAGCCCCACUUCGGAAGGGACGGGGAGUUCUCGCGACGCAUCAGAUGCCCGGCUUGACAAGGCAAGCUGCAAUUGUACGCUGGUGUUUGACCCUUCAGGGGACUUGUACUUCUUCUGGCUGAUCGUGGUCGUUCUCGGAAUCUUGUACAACUACUGGAUGAUUAUUUUCCGCGUGGCUUUUUUCGUACGAGAGCAGAAGUUUGUAAUACCAUUCAUGGCGAUCGAUUAUAGCUGUGACUUCGUAUUUCUCCUAGACAUCAUAGUGCAAUUUCGCACAGGGUACUUUCUCGACGGCAAGAUAGUCACAGAUACCAAACAACUGGCCAAACGUUACAUGAAAUCUCGGGGUUUUUUUCUGGAUUGCGUUUCCAUCCUACCAGUCGACCUCCUCUUUCUGGUGUUAGGUCCCAGGCCUGCUCUGCGAUUUGGUCGGCUACUUAAGGCGCACAGACUUUUUCUCUUUUGCGAUCGCGUUGAGAUCUACAGCGGUCGCCCCAAGCUGUUUAACCUGCUGAAGCAGAUUCAUUAUCUGUUUCUGAUUAUUCAUUGGGUGGCUUGUUUCUACUUUCUUCUUUCAUAUAUGGAGGGAUUUGGAGCUGACAAAUGGCUUCAUCCCAAGCUUGAGGGUCAGUGGGAAGAGGUCGGUCCUCAAUAUCUCUACAGCCUGUUUCGUUCACUGGUAUCCAUGACAACAGUGGGCACAGGUAAACAGGUCUCGCCCCAGACCACCAUGAGUCUAAUGUUCUGUAUCUUCACGUACCUAUGUGGAGUUCUGAUAUUUGCUACCAUUGUAGGCAACGCGGCAGAUAUGAUUGUUGAUCUCAGGAGACAUCGAGAGAAAUACCACAGGAAGUUGGAUGGAAUGAAGGAGUAUAUCGCGGCCAAUCAACUACCGAUGGAUCUUCAGCGGCGAGUCAUUCAGUGGUUUGAUUUUGCGUGGAGAAACAAGAAAGAUAUGAGUGAGGAGGAGCUCUUUCAACAACUAAACGACAAUAUUCGCGCAGAAAUUGCCAUUCACGUCAACUUGGACACACUGAAGAAAGUGAAGAUGUUUGAACACUGCGAUCCAGGCUUUUUGCGCGAGCUCGUUUUAAAGUUGAAGCCCAUGUUAUGUUCCCCAGGAGAUUAUGUUUGUCGUCAAGAUGAAAUAGGGCGUGAAAUGUACAUUGUCAAUCAAGGCGAGUUAGCAGUUGUUGACAAGAGGGGAGCACCACUAGCGAAACUUUCCGCCGGUCGACAUUUUGGAGAAAUAAGUAUUCUUGACAUAAAAGGGAUUGGAAAUCGUCGGACUGCUUCCGUUCGUUCGGUAGGAUUCUCCGAUCUUUUCCGACUAUCGAAGGCUGAUCUAGAGGAGGUCCUCGCGUUCUACCCAGAGGAGAAAGAACAACUGGCGAAAAUCGCUCGGCAGACGUACGAGAAACAGCGGAGAGAGAGAAUGAAUCAAAAAGUAGAAAAUGACGACUUGGACAAGGAUCAGUCAACUAAAGACUCCCGCCUUCAGGGGCAUGACCCUCGUAAAUGGCUUGUGGCCGACAAGGAAACUCUUAAGCGUCGCCUGUCACUCAUUGAGGCCAAAAACGAAGUUAAAGCUCUAGCCAGCAGAUUCCGAAGAGAAAAUGGUAACUCUACGAAUCCUCGAGAGAUUGUGGCUGCCAUCGCAGAACGAGGGAGACAAGAAAGACCAGAUGAAGAUGCGAGAAAAAUAAUCAAGGAAUUUUUGGCAAAGGACAGAGGAAGCAAAAUCCACAAGCGAAGCACUAUGUCGCACGAAAGUCUCUUGGCACAUAGAAGCAACUAUGUCGACAAUGCGCGUGAAAAUUGCAUCAAGGACGCCUCAUAUGGAGAAAAUUGUGCAAACGAUCAAACGAGAAAAAGUCAAAGAAGGUUUUUUAGCCGACCCCAUUCCCGCACAAUGGAAUCGAAACCCUCCUCCCCAACAGGUAAAGACAUUCCAUUGCUAGCGUUCAAAGAGAACGAUAACGUCUCGGAUCAAAAGAGAGGAUCGCAAAGUAAAGAUAUAUCACCAAAUCCUGUUGCAUUCACACUUAACAGCACUAAAGAAAAAGGUAUCAGGCCUCCUUUUCCUAAAAAAGGAAUAUUAAAGAGGACCAGCGGGGAUUCAUCAAGCUGGCAAGGCAGCGACUCAAUGGAAACCUCGUUCUCUGCGCUCGAGAACGCUAAGAACGAUGAGGACAAUCCAACCUGUUCCGAGCAAAGUAAAGAAGAAUCUGCUAAGAAUCCGAAACAAAAGAGCAAAUUCAAAGUGCCAUUCCUGAAGGAACAAAAAAAAGAUGAUGUAAAAAUACUCUUGGCCACUCCAGAGAAUAGCGAAAUAGUGGAGGACUCGCCCAAGUUGGAACGUGCUGCCAACCGAAUGAACUCUACGGGAAAGAACCCAUUCACAGAAAUAAAAGUGAACAGUGAGUUAGAUUUCAUCGCUCCGGACAAACGUUGUGCAUGUCAGCAAGAGGCAGGACACAAAAAUGAACGACUACAUGCUAAUUGUCUGGAUUCGGAGUGUCAAUCUGUUACCCAAAAAACUGACUCGAGCGCGGGUUGUUUUCCUUCGAUGCCGGCGAUCUUGGAGCCCGGCAAGGGAGAGUCAAUGGUAACAAAAUGAUUCCAAUAUUUUGUAUACAUAUCAUCAUCGUGGUUGAUUAGGGACCAGUCAAUUUUUACGUAUCAUCUAUUGCGGGGAAGGGUCAGAGGAAUUUUGGGGGAAUUACAUGGAUUCCAAGUGGAACGAAGCGGGGAAUCAGUCUCGCUAACAAUGUAUAAACAGGGAACGAUAGAACAUUGACUGCCAAUUAAUUAACUGCCAGUGAGGGGAGAAUCAUUGGAAUAUUACAAAGCCUUAUGGGAGGACCAGCUUAAUUUUUCCAUGACACAACUAAAAUCUCCCGACCCUCUACCCCUCAGGGAAUAAGUAAUAACAAGAGCUAGUAAUGGGCUUCUAGUAAUAAUCUGUGCUUUGCUAAUUAAACAUUGGUACGUAAAUUAAAAAAAAAAAAAAACUUAAUGUUGUUCGGAUCGUUUGAAAUUUUGACGUGACUCUAAAAUUAAAUUAUAACUCGUGAUUAAGACUGUCUCGUGUGUGUCAUUUCAUUAAAAGAAUUGAGGAAGAUGAUUCACCGCCAUUAUUUUUUAUUUUCAGUGUCGACACAGGUUCCUGUAGAUUUUGACCGUAAUGUUAUGGUUUUAUGACAACAUUUUGUCAAUAUAA